AUGUUACUGUUCCGUUCGGUGAACAUUCUCAAUCGUCAACAGGAGAUACCAGCACCUAUGGUUUUCUCCUACUUGAUGGGAUGGGGAGAUGUGAUCAAAUCACAUCACUACGUCUCAGUUUACUGGACGUCUUUUACAGGAGCACUGUUGAAGGCAGAUCCUGAAUUGCAUCGCAACCGUAGGUAA